AUGACCACCUCAAUAGCUGGAGAAGCAUCAACAGGAAACAAAAGAACAAAGUGCAACAGAAAAUGGGGUUAUGUGGAGGAUGCAAAGCUUGUUGAGGCAUUGGUUGAGUUGGUAACCCGAGGAGGUUGGAGGGGCGAUAAUGGGACUUUUAGGAGUGGGUAUUUGCAGCAAUUGGAGAGACUAAUAGAAGAGAAGCUUCCUGGGUGUGGACUGAAAGCAACACCACAUAUCGAGUCUCGGGUCAAGCUCUUGAAGAAACAAUACAAUGCUAUUGCAGAGAUGUUGGGACCUAACUGCAGUGGAUUUGGAUGGGAUGACAUCAACAAGUGUGUGACCUGUGAGGAGGAUACCUUCAAGGAAUGGGUUAAGAGUCACCCAAAUGCUCAAGGUAUGAGGAACAAGCCUUUUCCUCACUUUGAGGACUUGACUAAUAUCUUUGGAAGGGAUCGUGCUACCGGAAUGGGAGCUGAAGCACCUGCAGAUGCUGUUGAAGAAAUAGAGAUGGAGGAGCAAUAG